CCAUCGAGUAACCUAACGAUGUUGAAUCGAACAGGUAUAAGAACAUGAUCGCCGACUCCGGACUUGAAGGAUAUACGAUAAUUUUACCAUCUAAUUAAGGGAAUAUAUUAAAGCCAUGACAAGAUUAGAGCGUAUUCAUCGCCACUUGGCGAGAACUAAGGAUAUGCGAGAACACAAAGAGCUCACCUGGCGGGAAGAUAGGAUGAUCCCUAUCCUAGACACGAGAAAUAUUCACAACCGCAGACAGCUAGAUGACUUGUUAAAACGUUAUGUACCUACCAUGAAAGCGGUUAAGAGGCUGUCUGCCAAUACCGCUUUCGUCGCCCUGGAUAUCAAACCUAAGUUUGGGAUCGGGGCGCUCUUUGACGUUGACCUGGCACUUUUACCGAAACUCGAGGGGCAUACCUGUGGCAAGCACAAGGAAGCGCUAUCUCUCGCCGAUUUUAUAACGGAACGCCAGGUUAAGGUCGCGUCGUUGAGGAUCAACAUGAUAGGCCGAGAGGAGGUGGUCAAACCCAGGGCGACGACCACAAUAGUCCAUGCUAUGAGGCAGCUUUGCGAAGCAGUCCCAGGUCAAAAUAUCGCGCUUAUCGGCUUCUCUCUUCCAAAAGAUAUCGAGCGUAUAGGCUUGAACUUUGCGCAUAUCAACAACAUGUUCCCCUAUUGGAUAGACCUUUCAAGGAUGAUCGGAGCGGUUUCUCCAGCCUUAGCACACCAUCAAAUUAACAUGAGAACCAUCCUUGGUACCUUUGGUUACGACUCCAUCGGUACAAUAUGGUUUGUAGGAACUCGCAUAGUAGUCAACGAAGCGGUUAAAGCAUUGGCCGUGCUAGAAGGGUUGCAAUGCCGAGAGGGCGUAAACAAGCUCAUACUGGGAGAGCGGAAGUUUCCAGGUAUAGAGGUUGAAGCCCAGGUCGAGGCCUUCAGAUUCAUGCCGUACAAAGCGUUGAUUCAUAACCAGGGUUCACAUCUGCCUCCUAGCAUCGAUUCUGCCCAGAAGUUGGCUCUCGCAACAGAAGACUAUCGACCCAUUGGAGUUGCCGCCGAUAUAUGCGAUAUACGGUUUGAAGGUAUUAAACCGUGCUGUCCCGGUAUCGGCGCGACGGGAAUGACACGAGGAUGCGUCUGUUUUAAGGACGAGAAAGCACUGGAGGAAUUUAUAAACGACGUUGAUGGUAGCGUCAUAGACGGAGUAACAAUCAAGGUUGAAAACAUACCCUAUCAAACGUUCUGGAAGUAUUUAAAGGAAGCUAUCAAGGCGAAGGGCACUUAUAUAUAUGAUCGGCUAGAGACGACUGCAAUGAUGGCCAAAGAGAAUAUACCGCGAUGGUAUGGUGCGUUGUCUUCGCCAGCCGAUGGCAAGUUCCCAUGGUGUCCUAAUCCGGAAGAUGCGCCUCCUGGCUACUAUGAUACCGAUGAUGAUAUCAUUACUUAUCCCAGUCGAUUACGGGGUUAAAUAGAUGGGGUUUUAGAAGUAAUGAGGGUGUGUUUUCAUGAUUUAGGCGAGCUAGCGGCUUCACUCAUAAACCGCAUCGUCAUAGCGCGGAGUUUUAACGAAUAAACCCUAGUAUGCGACCUAGGUACUUGAUGUUAAUGAUAAUACUAAGGGCACCUCUUCUAAAAUAUAUCCCCCUUACAAGAGAGAAAAUUCGUAAGUAUUCAAGAUAGCCACGAGAAUCAAUUA